AUGGGAUCUUUAAUUUCAAGCCUUGCCAUCCUAUUCGUUCUCAACCCUUCUAACUAUCUCGCCAUUGCCGCCCCAGUGGACUCUCUGACAGACUUUCAAGACAUGUCGUCCAUUGACCUUUCUCAGGCCCACAACUUGACUUCAGCGAAGGAGCCCACUGAGGCCCCGGGAAAUGCAGGCAACAGAGCUGCAUCUUUGGCCAGGCUCUCACGCUCUGUAAUGAUUAGUUUUCCACCCCACCGCGACCUCUCCUUUUCCGACGCAAGCGAUGCAGUGGCGUCCCUUCAUGCUGUUAAUCUUGUGUCUUCUCUCGCCAUUGAAUCUAACUCUGGGGACAGCCUCUGCAACACGAUUGGAUGGCAGGGGAGAUAUCUCUCCUACAUGUGCACCAAAGACAAGGCGGGUAAUUUUAGAGGAGACUGGUUCUACGGGCAGUACUUCGACUCACUGAAGUACAACAUCAUCGCCAGGUCGGAAAGAUGUGGAGAGCCCGAGGGCUGGCCAGGCAAGUCCAAGCAAGAGCCGCCGAAACGACCACAGGAUAAGCCCAUCUCCGCCCAAGGCCGUGGUUACGGCCUUGAUGGUAAUAUUAGAGAGCAACUUCACGGUAGAAGCCCUCCAACCUUUCCCCAAGACAACGCAAAUGGUCGACCACCGCCCGUUUCCUGCAUAUCCGGAAGAGUACGGGAGCAGCCACGCCUGCUUGAUCGAAAGCGGAAAGAGGAUUUCAGGUCCAGGCUUCGUAGCCCUUUCGAUCGUAAAGCGGGAUACGGUGGUGGUUCAGAUCAGAGAGACGUUAGAGCUCGAGAAUGCCAGUGUAACAUCCCCGGUGGCGCCGUACCUGGCUCUUGUCCAUGGACGACGCCGCCGUCGCGAAACGAGCACCGAAACGUUGAUCGUGUACCACCAGCCCGACCUGGCAACAUGGUACGUCUCCCAGCCGUACCAGACGACGGGCGCAGAUUCGAUCAGGUGCCAGCUCGACACGGGAACGCGGCAGAGGGUCGCGGUUCGCGCGAUCGAUUUCGCCAUGCUAGACAUGAGGGCUGUCAACCGCGGGAAAGGUCCUGGGGGGACUAUGGGCCCGCGGGAAGCCGGACGAGCGAUCGCUUCUUGCAUGCUAGACGCGGGGGAUACGUCGGUGGAGACGAACAGCCUCCCGCCGCUGCUCAACCCCGCUGGAGUCCUAGCUAUGACAGGGACGUCGCUUUUCGAGAACUCGUAGCUCGCUCGGAGGAACUCAUGGAGGAGAAGUGGUUGGAUGACCUUCAUCCUGGACGGGCGCUAGGAUUGGCGGAACUGCAAAGAUAUCACCGGGUAAUGGAGCGAAAGCGCCGUAGAGGGCUCGUUAAAAAGGUGAUAUGA